AUGUCUGGGAGGUCUGCACCCAAGUCUAUCUCAAAAGCUAAGACUUCCAAAGUAACUUCGCAAAAGACUGGUGGAAAAGCUACUAAAGCUGCACUAAGCGAGGAUGUUUCUACAGAAGAUACUGGUCUCUCGCCUGCUGAUCUGAAGCUACUAAAGGCCCUUCAGGCCAAAAGCAAGCAUGCGAUUACUGUUUACAACGAGCAGCAGGAUCAAGUAAUCCGCAAGCAUAAUGCAGAUAUGGUGAUUGCAGAGGAAGAGGGGGAGGAAGCUGAAGAAAGCCCGGAUGAGAAUCACACAGGGUCCAAGAGGAAGAAGCUUACACAUGACGAGGAGAAGCUUAAUGACCUUCUUGGAGAUCCAUCUUCAAACUUGGCAGAUUUUUCAGAUGACGAUGAGAAUGAGACUCACUAUACUGGUGUCUCUCCUGCAGGGGAUUAUGAUAAGGAGGAUGGCAGCAUUCAAGACAUGUUGUUAAAGCCAGGUAUAGUGCUUGCUGGUAAUGAGGCUAGCAACGGGAUUGCGAUUGAGAAAAGUGAGGAAAGCAAGGAAAUUCGCAAGUCCAUAAGACACAAAAAAGCAUCUGGACAGACUAUCUCAACCACGUCUUCUGCUUCAAGUGUCUCCAGCUGUAACAAGAAGGUUGUUAUGGGGGAAUUUAGUCCUAUUAGUCUCAAGCUUGCCGCAGCAGGAAAAUGCGCCACUAGAGAGCGCAUCUCUUUAAUGGAUGCCUUUCCCACUAAUACCGAUGAUUUUUUGUGGGAGGCCCUGCAGAAUUCAGGUGCAGCCAAGGCGUCCUUGGAAGAUGUCUUAGAUCGAGCUAUAAUUGACAUUGAGUUGCAGGAACGCUUGCUGAAGUUGGAUGGUCUCUCUGGUCAUUUUGGUCUUCCUGACAAGCUGGUCGAAUCUGAAAUUAAGGACACUGUGCAAUGGCUCCUACUCAAAGCAAACUUUAUGUAUGGUGAAGUGGAUGCAAAUGACUGUACCGUCAAUCGUCAAGAGCCUUUCAGUCAUCCUCUUAUCACAGAAAUCAUCUGUGCGCAAUGGUUUACAGGUAAGGGCAAGGCUGAUAUUAUGACGUACAACAUGAUGGUGGCUGCAAAGAGGAUUCCAGGUCCUCUUCUCGUUCUUGUAAUCACCACAAUUGAAAAUGCUCUCAAGGAGUGGGCGAGUGGUGAAUAUUGUCCACUGCCAUUUAGCGAUGAAACUGCGAAGGCUAGAUAUAUUCACUUCACUGCUCUGUGGGAUCGUCUUGCUGAGAAGUCACCGACAUGGAUGGAGAAUUUUGAGAAAAAUCUGUUCAAACAGAUUACCAAGUCUGUAAAUCGAAGUCAUCUGUACGUAUCAGAUGAAGCUGCUGAUAUAGAUGAUUUGGACUUCGAUGCUCUUGAACGCUCAGCAAAGAACUAA